GAUUUUUUUAUUACCUUUUCCCUUAGUUGGGGCAAGAGAGCCGCCCACAACAGAGCUCAAAUUGUUUACUACAUGGCGGAAAAUUUAGAGCUGCGACGCAAUGAGUUUAGUCAGAGACUGUGCGAUAUGACAGGCUGCUCGCAGGAGGAGGCCAGCAAGGAAGUCGAUAUCGCAAUACAGCGGCUGUUUUACUGGGGUGCUUAUGCAGAUAAAUAUGGAGGUACUGUACAGGUAGGUGUGACAAUAAACCAACUAAUGUUAACAAGAAUACCGUGCUGCACGAAAUGUUUGGGGAGUUUAUUUUUGCGAAUUGGCGAUUUGUUGUGUCUUGCGGGAACCAAUUUUUGCGAUUAGGACAGAUUGGCUUUUCUUGCUGGGAAUUAAUUUUUGCGGUUUUCAGAAAUUACCCAGUAUCCAGCAUUGAUAAUAUUUUCGUUUUCGUUAAGUACGUGCAAUAGAAUACAUACUCUCAAACAAUACUACGGUAUGCCUACCCUAUGUAAAACCAGUAAUUCAUUGUAUACCGUUUUGUUUCUAAAUGAAAGAGGCACGAUUUCAGACAGACACGAUUUCUUCGUAAUGUCUUGUGUAGCGAAUUUAAGGUAGAGAAUAUUAACUCUGGAGUAAAUUUUUGCGGGAAAAAUGUUUGCGGUAAUUUUUAUGUGCGUUUUUGUUAAGUACGUGCAACAGAAUAUAUACUUUCAAACAACACUAUGGUAUGCGUCCCCUAUGUAAAACUAGUAAUUCAUUGUAUACCGUUUUGUUUCUGAAUGCAAGAGGCACGAUUUCAGACAGACACGAUUUCUUCUUAAUGUCUUGUGUAGCGAAUUUAAGGUAGAGAAUACUAACUCUGGAGUAAAGUUUUGGGGGGUAAACGUUUGUGGUAAUUUUUAUGUGCGGGAACUUAUUUUUGCGGAUCGCUUGAAAAUCGCAAAAAUCGCAAAACUUUCGUGCCACACGGUAGGUACAAAAUAUAGGCAUUAAUACAGUAGAUGGAAAAUGAUAGUCAGGUUGUUCGUAGUCUUGAAUAGGACUUACGAACAGUGAUUGAUGACAAACUGCACGAUGGUCAUCUUCCGAGUUAAAUGUGUGUGAAUAUAAUUACCGCACGGGUUGUCAUUAGUCACUCUCCACUAGUCCUAUUCAGGACUACACCCACCCGGACAAUCAUAUCCCACCGACAUUUAUCAUGACUCCUGGGUUCAAACCACUCACUAAAACAAUGUAUACAGUUAAUUUGCAUUUGUAUUAACUUGCUCAGUCGUUCAACUUGCCGACUUCCUUGAUUAACUGGCUAACAUCUUUUCCCUGGGGUUUUUGGUAGGGCACACUCCCUUUCCGAAGUAGUUCAGGCAGCUAGUAUCAUUUAUCAGUGUGCGUGCUGUAGUGGAUAGUCGGAAUUAGGGCUGGAAAGCCCCCUCCACCCAAAUUCCUCAAGAAUCCCCCUUGGGCGUCUUUGAUUCUUCUUUUGUACUUGGGGGUACGCUGAAAGUACAACUCACUAACAUACUUCAACCUUUUGCGAAGACGUUCUCAACGGAACUUUCCAUAAUGUUAACUAGAGAAUAGAAGGGCGAGUUUACCAAAGUGGUAGGCGAGUUGGUACGUUGCAAAAACAAGUUGAUCAUGGUCACGUGUUUGUGGCAGGAAACUGUCUACUUGCCAUUUGGUCUUGUAUGUUCUCCAAGCAACUUUCCAGGAGCCACUUUAAGGCCAUGUCUUACGUAUUCUGCAGUCAACACUCUCUAAGACGGACACCUUUGGGACUGGUUCUCAAAGCUGUUGCCCCUUGUUUAACUUUCUCAUACAACGAUUCGUUUCCAACCUUGGCAGGAUUAGCUCAGUCGGUAGAGCGCUUGACUGCAGAGCGGGAGUUCCCGAGUUCGAUUCCCGGGAGAGGACCAACACUCAGGGUCUUAAAAUAACGGAGGAAAAUGAAGGUGCUCCCUUUGCCUUGCAAGCGGCUGGACGUACCUUCGCGUGACUCGGAUGACCACGUAAAAUGGCGGUCCCGUCUCCAGUAGGAGACGUAAAAAUAGUCUCCCCAAUUAGCACUUUCAUGCUAAAUACAUCGAGACUCAAAUAAAGCGCUUUUUUGAACUAGCAGUAACAUGUUUUGUUUGCUAAUCAUGUACCUUUUCUUCGUGGCUUUUAUAUUUUCCUCUCUCUCCCCUCCCUAAGGAAACGCCGUUCUAUGGUGCUACAGUUAAGAUCCAUGAGCCUGUAGGGGUGAUAGGCAUUGCUUGUCCUGACAAGUGUCCCUUACUGGCCUUUGUGUCCCUACUGGCGCCUGCAGUCAUCCGAGGUAACACUGUUGUUAUCGCACCAAGUCAGAAACAUCCCAUGAUUGCUGUGGAUAUGUACCAGGUACCAAUCAUGUCCAUUUUAUUUUCUGAGUUAUUCUGUGCGUUAGUACUGUUUUUUGAUCGUGGACCACUGAGUUCCAAAUUUUUCUGUGCUUUCAGGUGAUCAUAAUCGUUUUCUUCUUUAAUUAUGAGACCAUAAAUAAUAUGUUUAUUCGGUAACAAGAAGUUUAUUUUUUCCCGCGAUUAUCGAUUGAACAUAUUCUAUGAUCGAUUAUCGAUUAUAAUAAAUUUUUCGGCACACAAUUGUUGUGUGUGAAUACUCGAAUAAGCGCCCAUACUAUGGCCUAAAGUUUGAAACAUGCCUCUUUUUACUCGACCUCUCUUCUUUUGAUAACCGACAAAGGCGGAGCACUAUGUUUUAAAAUCAUGUUUAAUCCUAAGCGGAGCAUUUUUUUUAGAUGUUUUUUAGGAUCAUGUGGCUUUCUCGUUCACUGCAUCAUUGGGGAGCUUAAGCAACAACGACGACAGUAAAAACAUCACUAGAAACUGAAUUUGCGUCCUUUCAAACUUUAUCGCGUCUAUUUGAACCCGCUCAAUUUGUCAAAUGUAGGCGACUUUUCCUGGAAUUAAAUUCUCAAGGACUUCAUCCAUGUUCAAAUAGAGAAAGGAAAAUUUCUCGUCGUAUGUCCACGUCCUCCAUAAAACGUCCCCUUUGGGAGGUUUCACGUCGUGGUCGUGCAGUGGACGUCAAAGAAAUGUAGUAAGAAGCGUGAUGCACGUGCAGAGCAUUUGUUUUGCUCAUAAAACCAACAGACCCUUUUACCGAUACGGCGGCCAUAUUGAAAUAAUUCGAUUUAAGGAGUAUUAUAGGAUGCCCUGGGGGCAUGAGCACCUUUGGUUUGUAUUUUCGAGCGCUUCUCGAGACAUUUUUUCUUAAAGUUUUCUUAGAAUAAGAUUGUAAUGGGAAAAAAGAUCCUUGUGCCGUGUUUGGAUGGACUUUUUCUAGUUUAGUAUUAGAAAUUUGGUCUUUCACUGUAUAUUUCUCGGGAAAAAAAGCGAUCAUUAUUACAUCCAAACACGGCACAAGGAUCUUUUUUCCCAUUACAAUCUUAUUCUAAGAAAACGUUAAGAUGUUGAUAGAAGCUGGCCUUGGCGAUUAUUGGGCGGGCUCUUAGAUUUGUUGGUUUGAUUAACAGCUCGGGUGUUAGAAAUUCGAUGAACUCUUUCGAAGCUCAUAUUGUUUACGUCUUCUUCAGGUAUUGAAGCUGUUGUAUCAGGACGUUUCUCAACACUUGCUCGGUUUCUGCUGGAGUUUCAUGUGAAGAAUCUCUGACACCGUAAACUCUGAAGUUGCUUCUUCUUGACUGAGCUUCAAGUCGUAUGUUGCGACAUACUAAUUUGUGGACUUCAGCCUUCAACUGAUCAUUUUCUUUGCGAAGCGAAGCAGUCACCUUUUCAGUCGCCGCGGCAGCAUUUUUAAUUUCUUGAAUUUCCUUAGUUGCAGAAUUCAAACUUUCCAUUAGUUGCUUAUUUUCCUCUGUGAGUUUAGCAAUUACUGAUUUUAGGUCAUCAACAGCUGGUUUGAGAAGAAGUAGGCGUUCUAACUUAUUCCUGAUAUCGUCAAGGGCUUUCAGCGUGGCGUCACCCUCGUGGUCGGGAAGCUCCUCGAGGUCGUCGUCAGUUUGAGAACCUUUUUCCCGUAUUCUUUUUGCCCUUCUUCUAGAGGAAACGUCAUUCUUCCCAAGUGAGUCAGUUUUGGCUGCCAUUCGGUAAAAAUUAAGUGCGCUCCAUGGUUAUAAGCGGAGUUUACAUCGAAAACGACGGAGCGAUAAAAGAAACGACCACCUUUGACAGCGCCUAAUUAGCAUUCCAAUUGUCACUGCUAAUCCCGAGGAUAAGUUGCCGAAAAGGAGGGCCGGAAUUUAACACGUCUUCCAAUUUUUCAACUCAAAUUUGAACGCCGGAAAUAUUACCCUAUGCCUUCUAGGUGAUGUUACACGACGAUGAUUUUUAGCGCAACACAACCUUGCAAUGUUGGAGCAAUGUUGUAACCAUUCGAAACAAUGUCGCACCAAUGUUGCCACGCUGCGUUGCGCUAAAAAUCGUCGUUACGAAUCGUCAAGUGUAACAUCACCUUAUGUCGAACCACGUUCAAACGACGGUGUUAGCGGUCCUUUUUGCCGCGCUUUUUGCGAUAAAUGCGAAAUUUUAGGUUACAGUAUGUGUUAAAAAAUUCUUACAGUGUCUCCGGCAAGGUUCGUUCGUUCGUUCAAUGCGGAACAUUGCAUAUUUUUUCUCGCUUCCUUUCUGUAGAUUUUUGACACGUCGGACUUGCCCGGUGGUGUUGUAAACAUCGUCACAGGGGACCGCGAUCACCUCACUAAAUACCUGUCCGAACAUCAGGACGUUCAAGCCAUGUGGUACUUUGGCUCAACGGAGGGAAGCAAAUUUGUGGAGUGGUCAUCAGCGGUCAACGUGAAACGUACCUUUGUAAACUACAGUCAGAGCCGAGACUGGCUUGACAACUCUCAGGGGCAGGGCGAGGAGUUUUUGUUCCACUCUACCGAAUGCAAGAACGUACGGCUUCCGAUGGGAGACAUCUUUGCCAAUUAG